AUGGCUGUCACGUACUUUCUAUUCUCGGCAAACACGCUUCUGUCAGCCCAAGUCAUACAAGCGGAAGAUGUCAUGGCAGUCACUUACUGGCUAUUCCCGUUGAACACGCAUCCGUCAGCCCAGGUCACACGAGCGGGACAGGUCAUGGCAGUCAUUUACUGGCUAUUUCCAUCAAACACGCUUCUGUCAGCCCAGGCCACACGAGCGGGACAGGUCAUGGCUGUCACUUACUUUCUAUUCUCGGCAAACAUGCUUCUGUCAGCCCAAGUCAUUGUCAUGGCUGUCACUUACUUUCUAUUCUCGGCAAACACGCUUCUGUCAGCCAAGUCACACAAGCGGGACAGGUCAUGGCAGUCGCUUACUGACUAUUCCCAUCAAACACGCUUCUGUCAGCCCAUGUCACACGAGCGGGACAGGUUAUGA